CUUCUUUACUGCUGUUUCCUCAUGCCCACACACAUUCCCCAGCACAGAGUAGUCACUAAAUAAAUAUUGGUUAUAUGACUGCAGGAACAAAAAUCUCAGGAAACGGGGUCUCAGUUCAGAGAGGAAGGGCUGUUGACGCGUGCCACUCAGCCAACAAGUAUUCCUAUAGCCUGGCCUGUCUAGACUGGGCCCUCUCUGGAGACCUAUUCCUCCUCUGCCCAGUAUCAUAUAUAUAGAAUGAGUCAGACAAGAAAGGCAACUGUCAGAGCAGAAGCCAAGAUGGAGGGGAGAGGGGCUUGGUAAAACAGUACAGGACAGCGUCCCAAAGCUCUUUUCUUGCUGCCUGGUGCUGAGGUCUCCGUCAUCCCAGGGCGGAGCUCCAAAAUCUGGCUCCAUCCUUAUAAAAGAGGGCUCUGUGCCCUGCACCUUAGUAAUAAGUACCUACUCUCCCCACACCACCCCCUCCCCGCUUUAGACAUAGGCUCUGGCUCCACCUCCUAAUGUGACAUCUGGUCUCCGCCUCCUCCGAAGAGAUGCUAUGGCUCCGCCUCUUCCGGGUAAUAGGUAAGCCCCACCCCUAGAGCGUGACGCUACCACUGUGACAAAACGUAAAGGUCUGCUUCCGGGGUGGAGCCAGGGAGGGUGGGCGUUUAGGCUGCGCCGACCCCUCAGCCCCCCUGCAGGAGACGUUCGGAACCCAGGACAUGUCGGGAUUGAGGAGAUACGAGGUGGCGCUGGAGGCGGAGGAGGAGAUCUACUGGGGCUGCUUCUACUUUUUCCCCUGGCUGCGCAUGUGGCGAAGGGAGCGGAGCUCGGCGCACCCUCGGGAGCAGAAGCUGGAGCCUCUGCGGGGCCUGAUGAGCUGUCUGUCAAGCGGCCUGGGCACUGCUCCCCAGCGCUCCGGCCGCAGCCUCCCGCGCCGCACCCCUGCAGCCACUGCUCAGCCAGCCGGUGCAUUAAAGAUUUAAACCAGAGUCACCGUGCUGCCCUCUGACUCUGCCGCCGCUGCCGCCAUUCGGGCUGGGAGCCGCUGUCCACGCCGGCUGUUUCCUUACUGACAGGGCCUCUCUCCCUGAUAGAGUGCCCCUCCGUGUACAGGCUCCCAUUAUUCCUAACGGUCCCUCAUCAGAAUGAACAUCCCCUUACUAUCAAUGACUGCCUUCCACCACCUAACCCCUCACCCCGCCACACACACACUCAUCACUCUGAGUGCCCUGUAUGGAGGGAACUGAAUAACCCUGACCUGGUCCUCCUCCCAACCAGAUCCCCGCAUCCCUAAAUUCUCACAACCCCAGCUCUCUGCUGCCACCUUCCUCCUAGACAGGACUUUGCCAAGUGUCUGAAGAAUCUUCUCCUGGGAGAGGAUCUAAAAUAUUUUUCAAGUCCAUAGUUGUAGGAAGUAUGCUGUGAGAGGAGGGAAAGAUUCACAGAAGCUGUGCUGUCAGCCUGCCAUAGGGGAAUGACUUAGAACUGUUGAAGGUCUUUCCUACAGUUAACACCCCAGCUACUGGCUCCUCCAGUCUGAUCCCAAGUUUAAAGAUAAUGGACAUCAAGGAAUUCCCUGAUGGUCCAGUGGUUAAGAUUGUGUGCUCCCACCACUGGGAGCACAGGUUCCAUCCCAGGUUGGGAAACGAAGAUCCUGCAUGCCAGUGUGGCACAACCAAUAAAUAAAUAA